CUCAAAUCCAACAACAAAGCACUGAUCCCACUAUACAACAAUGUCACGAACUCCCAAGGUGGUGGAGGCGGCUGUGGCAGCUAUCAUGUCCGCGCAGCUUACCCCUACGGAGCAUCUGCUUCUGAAAGACUUUGUGGCAAAUGCUGUUGAUGCUGACCGAGCUGCUCGGUACAUCUUAGAGUUAAUUGAGCAAAGCUCUGGCCAAAGCACUGAGAAUGUGCUUCGAUCUCUGAACCGGGACUGGCGCAGGUUGGCUGCUAAAUUAACCGGCGUUUCUGAAGUAUCGCCAAGGUCACAGACCCUUCUACGUCUUCGUGACGGGCCUCAUUGCGCUUUGACAGAGGGCUCUGAUCACAGUGUCCCUAAACAAAUGGAACCUGCAUAUAUCAUUCCGCCUACGAUAUUUGAUGACCCCGAUAUGGCAUAUAAGGGCUCGCUCCACUCCCUUCUGGUAACCUUUUUGACGCCACCAAAAGUCUCUAAGAUGCGAAACUUACUACGCAGUGAUAGCGAUCAAGGCAUGCUCAAGAACCUCUGGCUGUUGUCGCCGAGUAUCCACUCUGCAUUUCGUAAUGGCCAUGUCAACAUCCGACCUAAGAUGAAGAUUGACUGGGACGACGAAGACGAGUGUGAAGUAGCGGAUGCAACGGAAGCCAGGUACACAAUCACCAAGCUCUACCCGGAUGAAUGCACUGGGCUUCAAUUCAGCGACGGCGCACCGUUUGAGGACUCUAUACAUAUGUUUACAACACGUACAAAGGACCCAAUCCAUCUGUGUCUACCCAGCGCCUUUUUAUUGCGCGUACAUUACAGAUUUUCGAACGCCUUGCAUCUCUUUUCCAUUGAAGAUCGAAUUGCGAAAGGCUGGCCGCGGUGUGCUCCAGGCUUACUUGGUAGAAAUGCUCAAUGCGUUUUGCACAGACUGUGGCUCUGUAUCCCAAAAUUUGCUCGAGUCUGGUGUUACCGUAGUCUUUUCAAGGCAGGGCCAUAUCUCUACCCCAAUGAAAUCUCUACGCUGGUACAAAGGGUGCCGCUUGGUCUCUACUUCAAGCGCUGCGAGCGAUCUCAAGGGAACGAACCCAGCGCAUUGAAGUUGUUGGAGCGAUACACAUCCGUCCCGGCGCCUCUCUUGGUUGACACGUUCCAAGACGACGGCGUCACAGUAAUGGUGAUGACCAGAGUCCGAGGACAGAUGCUGAAAAAUGUGUUCCACCUAAUGUCCUACGUGGAGCGCGACCAAUUUGCGGACGACUUAGCGGCGAGUAUUAGGCAACUUCGACGCAUCCCGAAUCACACACCCUAUAUGUUCGGCGACACGACAGGCGGCCCAAUGGUGGAUCAUCGCGUUCCGGACGGGAGGUUCGGGCCAUUCAACUCAGAGGCUGACUUCAACUCCCAUCUGUAUCACAUCGGUAUCGGGCCAGAAUUGAAAGAAAGCCUUGCCCCGGUACAUUUACGGAAGCAUCGGGCCUUCUUCACACACUCGGAUUUGCAUUUGACAAAUCUGCUUGUAUGUGGUGGUCGCUUGUCUGGCAUCAUUGACUGGGAAUGCGCCGCAUUCAAGCCCGAGUACUGGGAAUUCACGAAGGCAAUGUACGGUGUGUGGAACCUGAAGGCCCAGGAGGCCAUAUUUCAGCGUGCCUUUGGGGAUGUCUACAAGGAGGAAUUAGAAGCAGAACAAGCAUUGUGGAGGGUCACGCCGUUCGGUAUUUGAAUCUGAGGCACAGGAAUCACAGAAACAUUCUGUUAUGGCAAUAUAUAUUAGCCCUCACAACUCCAGAUACUUUCCAGGG